CCCCCACGCAUACAAAAAGGCACUUCCCCCGACGCUACCCCCCACUCGUGGCUGCUGGUGUUCGCAUGGAAGCGCUGGAGACGCGGCGCCACUCCGGACUGCAGCCGGUGGAAAUGCGUUGCACGAGCUGAUCCUUCUCCAUUUUUCUUCUUCAUCCUUUUUGACGCCAAUCAUGCCCAAGUUCAGAAAUAGUUUUCUACUCCUCGGCUGCUCGCUCCUGCUGCUGGGUUCCGCUUACGCACCGGCGGCCGCCUCCUGCCCGCCGGGCUGCGAGUGCUCCGAGGCGGCGCACACGGUAAAGUGCGUGGCCAAGGAGCUCCGCAGCGUCCCGCUCGGGAUCCCAGGAUACGCCCGGAACCUCUUCAUCACCGGUAACCAGAUCAUGAGAAUCGGACCCGAGUCUUUCAAAGGCCUGGAGAAUGUCACCAACCUUUCACUAAGCAAUAAUAGGAUUUCCGAGGUGGAAUCUCACACCUUCUCGAGCCUGACGAGUCUUCGCUCGCUGGACCUGAGCUGCAACCAGCUGGCGGUGCUCCACCCGGAAGCCUUAACGGUGGCCGAGCGAUCCCUACGCGAGCUCAACCUGAGCCGCGCCCUCUACAACCGCUCGGGCAUUUUGGACUUGUCGGCGGCGCUGCGCCAUAGCUCUCUGACGUCGCUCCGUGGCCUGGAUCUAUCGCACAACAGCAUCAUCUACCUGCCGCCGGGUAUGUUCACCCGGCUGGGUGGACUUCGUCGACUAUUGCUGACCAAUAACUCCCUGGUGGCCUUCCACAAUGCCACCCUGGCCGGUUUGGGGGACCUCCAGGAGCUGGAUUUGACGCUCAACUCGCUAAGGAACGUGCCCGAGGAGGGCCUUCGCGAGCUGGACUCGCUCCCCGAGGCCGAGAUCCUCCUAGGGGAGAACCCGUUCACCUGUACGUGCGGCAUCGAACCUUUUGCCCGUUGGCUCAACCGCUCCCGGGGACGCAUCAGGAACCCCGACCAGAUGAUGUGCGCCUUCCCCGCUAACCUGAGGAACGCCUCCCUGCUCUCGGUGGUGGGCGCCUCCGGCAGCUUGGGGUGCCGCCCAAGGGGCGCCGGAGCCGAACUGGCCCUGCAGACGUCCUAUGUGUUCUUGGGCCUGGUUCUGGGACUUGUGGGCCUGGUGUUUCUCUUGGUGCUUUACCUUAACCGCAGGGGCAUCAAGAAGCGCGUGUACGACAUGCGCGACGCCUGCAGGGAGGUGUGGGAGGGCUACCACUACCGCUUUGAGACCGAUUCGGACCCCCGUUUGUCCCAGGUGUCCUCAAGCACCGACAUGUAACACCCAAAAAUGUACAGAUGUAUCAUAAGUAUAUAUAAAUGAGCUUGAGCACGUCACAUGACUUCCUACUUCCUGUCUUCUGUGCUAACAACAAGUGCCUCAAGUCCACACAACCGGGACUGGCCGCCAGCCAAUUGCACUGCACGUAGAGACACGCAACCAGUCACAUUUCGGGACAAUUUAAAGUUUGAAUUCUUUCAAGCCUCUCCCAUCAGGAAGGAGAAUAAUUGAGCACAGGCCGAGCCCACCCAACCCCCUCGUUCCUUUUUUUCAUGAAGCGUUGCUUUGUUUCAGCGCCGUGACUUUUAUUGUCACAACUGAUGAGAACCAGUCGCGGACAACGAGGCUCUUCAAAAGCCAGCUCUGCGUUUUUCUUCUCUAAGAACUUUUCCUCUUUCCUUUCGUCUCAUGAUAAGAUACAGAUGAUUCCGGACAACGGCUGUCGCAAUCAUUCAGCGGCAACAAGUGAAAUCAGCAUUUUACAUACAUCUUUUAAUGCGAAAAGGCAUAAAUUCCUAGUCGCGUGGGUUUCUUUCGAGGCUACGAAUGACUUUAUUGCCUGUCAUAUUACUGUCUUUGCGGGAAUUUAUGAGAGGCAUCUAUUGUUUUAAGCCAAAGAAGAAGCAUCCUCCUUUUUAGUCCUUUUACUGCAUGUGCAAUACCAUAAUAAAACUAAACAAAGCAGUGUUGACUGGACAAACCUCAUUGAGUUGAAAACGCACUCUGUUAGAGGAACGCAAGGUGUGGAA